AUGGUGAACGAUACAAACGCCGAGAAACACCUCGCCGUAGAAGCGUCGACCAGCCACCAAAAGAGACAACCAGUUCCCUCCAAAGUUCAUGAUGAAGGCGAGAAUGGUGGAGGAGGAGAUGUGGCAGCACGACGAUCGGGGGCGUUGUUGGAGCUCAAUCUCCUCGAUUGUCCCGUUUGCAGUCAUGCACUCACCGUUCCUAUCUUUCAGUGUGAAAAUGGACAUAUAGCUUGUUCUUCUUGUUGUAUGAUUCUGAGGAAUAAAUGCCCUGAUUGUAAUUUGCACAUUGGUAACUACCGAUGCCGAAUACUGGAGAGGAUUAUUAAAGCAAUGAUUGUUCCAUGCCCAAACGCCAUACACGGUUGCACCGAGAAGGUCUCUCAUGGCCAGGAGUUAGCCCAUGAGAAGGAAUGCGUUUUCGCUCCGUGCUACUGUCCUGAACCAGACUGCAACUACACCGGGAUGUACAAGGAUCUCUACAGUCACUACUACGCUAACUACAAGAAUGUAUCAAAACGUUUUGUGUCUGGUUGUUCCCGUCAUGCAGACCUGGACCUUGGGAAGAAGAUUUUGGUCCUUCAGGAAAAUAAUGAUGGUCCAUUGGUUGUGAUUCAGUGUCUCAAUGGGCCACAAGGAUUGUGUCUGACUGUGAACUGUAUAGCACCUCCAACUCCAGGAGUUGGAGAGUUCUCCUUUCGUCUCUCCUACACGUUUGGAGAUGUGACUAUGUCCUUUGAAAAGGAUAAGAUGAAUAAGAUUCAAAAAGUGAGCUUCCAACCUCCUGAGAAGUGCUUUACAGUAGUUCCUUCUGAUUUCAUGAGUCAUUUUGAGGUUUUUAUUUGGAUCGUUCGGCUACAAGAAGAAUCAGAAGAAGAAGAAGAGGAUCAAGACUAA